GGAUUCGUACGURGCGGCCGUGUACGAGCAUAAUUUGAUCCUGAACCCGGAUCCUCGCGUGCCUGUGUCCCGCCACGAUGCCCUGCAGCACAUGCAGAGAAACCUGGACGUGUAUGAAAAGCAGGCUGCCCUGGCUGCACUGCAAGGCGUUCAGAUACUUGUGUUUCCAGAAGAUGGCAUUCACGGGUUCAACUUCACCCGUUCAUCCAUCUAUGGCUACUUAGAAACCGUUCCUGACCCACAACAGGAGAGCUGGAACCCCUGCAAGGAGCCAGGCAGACACAACAACACUGAGGUUCUCCAGAGGCUGAGCUGCAUGGCCCGUCGCUUCAAACUCUACUUGGUGGCAAACAUGCCUGAUCUCCAACCCUGUACCCCGAAGACAGACCCAGCAUGUCCUUCUGAUGGACGCUGGCAGUUCAACACCAACGUUGUUUUCAAUUCUGAUGGCCUGCUGGUGGCACGCUACCAUAAACAAAACCUCUACUUUGAGGAGUCCUUCAACACACCUCCACAGCCAGAAAUCGUCACAUUUGAAACACCUUUCGCCGGGAGGUUUGGCCUCUUCAUCUGCUUCGACAUCCUGUUCCGAGAGCCGACAAUAGCUCUUGUGGAAAAGGGUGUAAACCAGCUGAUCUUCCCCACGGCUUGGAUGAACGCGUUCCCACUGCUGGAUUCGGUUCAGUUUCAACGGGCGUUCAGCACGGGCGCCAAUGUGACUUUGCUGGCCGCCAACCUUCGGAAAGACCCAUUCCGGAUGACAGGAAGUGGCAUCUACACCCCCUUUUCUGCCACCUAUCACCACGCUAAGAAGGGAGACCCAGAGGAGGGCCGGCUGAUUGUGGCCAGGGUGCCGGUCAUAGACCCACUGUGGGGGAGACGGAGCACGGACGUAGACGUGACUGGAUCCGAACCAACAGUGGCUAUGACCUCUGCAUACUGUCACACA